AUGACUUCUGCAAGUAUGUUUUGGCAAGAUACUCUCCGAGAUUGUAAAAUCGAUCAUUCGUUAUCAUUACCAUUUGAUCGAUAUCGUAUUUCUGAUAAACACCGAACUAGUCGUGGAAUAUCUGUCAGUUUCGAUUUUUGUGAAGAUAUUUCGAAAUCACUUGUCACUUAUUCAUCGUUGAAUGAUGUCACACUUCAACAACUCGCACUUGCAAGUUAUUAUGCAUUCUUAUUCAAAUUGACUAAUGGAGAAAGUGAUUUAUGUAUUGAAAUAAAUACAGAUGGAAGAUAUACAAAAUAA